AUGCCCGCCAACGCCAUCACCAUCAUCUUCUCACCCUACCACGUCGGCAUCCGCGACCACCGAGUUGGCAACGGCCCCCACCGCAUCCGCCAACACGGAAUCAUCCAAGCCCUCGAAGACCUAGGCGUAAAAGUCAACUUCAUCGAACUCGACCGUGUCGACGAAUUCGAAGGCGAAAUUGGUCGCAGCUUCGAGCUCCUCCGACGCACAUCUACGGCCGUCACCCAAGCCGUGAAAAACAACACCUUCCCUAUCAUCCUAUCAGGCAACUGCAUGGCAAGCGCAGCGGUAGCCUGCGGUCUCAACACCGAUGAUCUGAAAUUCAUCUACUUCGACGCUCACGAUGAUCUCGACUCACCGGACGUCAACGAGAACGGCUAUCUCGACGCGAUGGGACUUUCCAUGCUCCGUGGGGAGAGCUGGAAGACUCUUACGAGGACGGUUCCGGGAUACAAGCCUUUCACUUAUGAUGGCAACUUUUUGUACUGUGGGCUACGGGAUCAGAGCGAUGUUCAGCGUCAGAGGGUAUUUGAUGCGGGGAUGGUUGCCAUAUGGGGUGAAACCGAGCGUAAGGUUGAUUUUGUGGGUGAGUUGAGUAAGCAGUUGGAAGCAAAGUCGUAUGAUCCGGCUUUGGUGCAUUUGGAUUUGGAUGUAUUGGACGAGUCAUAUGGGAAGGUUAAUGAUUAUCCUUCUCCCGGGGGAUUAUUUGAGUCCGAAUUGUUGGGUUGUAUGGAUCUUGUACCUAGGAGGAGUACGCCUAGGUCUUUGACUGUCUGUUCUUUUGAUCCUGAUGCGGGCGAUGGGGAUAGGAUUGCGGUGAUUGCUGUUCGUGCGGUUACUUCUUUUGUUCAGUCUUUGUUGGAUACAGGGGCUUUGAUUAAUGAUGCUUAA